GUUCUCACUUCUCAUGGUUGCCUCUUUGUUAACCAGUUGAUCUCAGCGCGUGAACGGAAAGCAUCCCGCGCAUUUUCCUUCAUUCUUUCCCGUCAAAGUUAAAAAUGACGAAUCAAUUGGACGAAGAACAAAUUGCAAUGCUACGACGGGCAUUCAGCAUGUUCGAUUCCAGCAAACAAGGCAAAAUCGAGAAAGAGAAAGUACGUACGAUUCUCAAUACGAUGGUGCACAACUACGAUGAUAAUGAUUUGGAUAAGAUGCUGGAUGCAGAAGAUGUUGACGGAUCAGGCAAGCUGAAUUUCGACUCAUUUGUCCGAGUUGCGACCCACUUCUUGGAUGAGGACGACGAAGCUCUACAAAAGGAGCUUAAAGAAGCUUUCAGAUUAUAUGACAAAGAGGGUAAUGGAUAUAUUCCUACAUCAAGUCUCCGCGAGAUCCUUGCAGCGUUGGACGAUCAGCUGACGUCAGACCAACUCAAUGAAAUGAUAGCUGAAAUCGAUACAGACUCAUCAGGCACCGUGGACUUUGAUGAAUUCAUGGAAAUGAUGACUGGUGACUAAGACAAGCGAUAGAUAGUAACAUAAAGAAAAAGUUUAACAUAUUAUGAUAUGUCUACCUAAUACAUACUAAAAAUAUUGUAUUGUUGCAAUAAAUAUUUUGUUAUUUUUAUAUGUGUUUUUUACAACUUAAUAAUAAUGAAAUCGUAUUUAAUUCAGUAUUUUACUAUGUAUGUGAAACUUGGAUUGGAUAAAAAUUAAAUUCGCUCAGCUAAAUCUUCCAUUACAUCUCUGAUCUAAAAACACUUUCUGUCCACAUCGUACUUUCGCACCAACGUAUGUGGAACUGAUCUAAAAUUAUCGAUAUUCAUGUGAUUUUUUUUCCACUAUCCAUUUUUUAGUUUUUAGUUUAGAUUUUUGUUCACGUUCUAGUUUUGUCUAAAUAACUAGUAAUAAAAUAUGUAUUAUGUAUGCACUUCUUUCUUACCUUAUCUAUUUUUUCUCACGGUUGUCGCCUGGAAGAGAUCGCUCGAAAUCGAUAAAGCCACUGAUUGCCUAUCGUUUCUUUUUAUUAUAUCAAUUGUAUUAUAUUUCUGUACGCAAGAAAGUGUUAAUAAAUAAAAUUAUUAGAUGUU